AUGACCUUCUGUGAUUUUUGGUUGUCUGGCAAUUCCGAAUGUCGAUAUGAGAUGUCACCACUUACUGAUAAAAAUAAAAACGUUGCAUUGGGGAGAAGUGUGUAUAUGAAAAAAGGUUUUCAAGAAGAACAUGCCAAUGACGGCAAUUUAACGACCUUUGCUCAUCAUGAAAUGAUAGAUAAUCCGUGGAUGGUGAUUGAUUUUAUUAGAUCAGAGGUAGGCAAACUACAGCACGACAAGCCAUUUUAUGCAUCCGCGAGGCCCUGUACGUAUUUUGACGAAAAAAGUAGAAAUGACUUUGUAACCAAAAAAGUCGUUAACCAAACGUUAAGACUAACAAAAGCGAAUCUGGAGAAAUAUGAAGUUGGUUUAUUGAAGAAAUUUUUGACGGAUCCAGUGUAUACAUAUAAUCAAGAUGAUUUUGAGAGAAUCAAUCUACUAGUUAUUAUAAAUGAUUUGCUGACAAUCACUUUGGCAAAUAAACUUCUUGGGAUAUUUAAUCUUGCUAUAUAA